GCCGCUUCCCGAUCGCGCCCUCCCAGCGCCGGGGACGCGGCGCCCGCGCUCCCGCCCGAGCCCGGGGAAGCGGAGACAAGGAGGCGCCGCCGCCCCCUCCCCGCGGCUGUCCCCCGGCCGUGCGCCUGCAGCAUGCCUGCCGCGGGGCCGAGCGCCGCCCUCCCCCAGGAGCUCGCGGAGGCUACGCCGCUGCCGGCCGCUGGGCCGCGGCUGCGAGGGUAGCGGGGCCGGAGCCGGGCACGCUGAGACGCCGCGCGGCGGGCGGAGAGGGAGGAGGAGCAGGCAUCCUCCGCGGCGCGCGGGCGGCGGCCCUGCUGCCCGGCGAGCCCAUGGCCCGGCCGCAGGGAGAAUGCGAGCUGCCCUCCACGAGCUCGGCGCCCCACGUUGCUGCUCCCAUUGCCAAAGCCGCCGCCGCUGCCCCCCAGCUGCGGGCGCCUGGCCGCUGGCUGCGCUAGGACCCGCAGUCGCCGGCCGCCGAGCACGGGAGGGCAGGCAGGAGCGGGAGCCGGAGGGCCCGGGGCGCGGCGCGGCAUGUAGCUGUGGGCUCCCGCGCCCGCGCGAGGCUGUCGGCCUGGCCCCGCCAUGGCUGGGUUGGACAGUGGCAACCUGAAGACGGCGAGGCUGUGGCGGGACGCCGCCCUGCGCGCCAGGAAGCUGCGGAGCAACCUGCGCCAGCUCACCCUCAGCGCCGCGCGGGCCUCCCCGGGGGCCGAGUCCGACCCGCUCGAGUCCCCCGCCCCCGCCCAACUCGUGCUGCCUGCCAACCUUGGGGACAUUGAGGCGCUGAACUUGGGGAACAACGGCUUGGAGGAGGUGCCCGACGGGCUGGGGUCGGCGCUGGGCAGCCUGCGCGUCCUGGUCCUGCGCAGGAACCGCUUCGCCCGGCUGCCCCCGGCGGUGGCCGAGCUCGGUCACCACCUCACCGAACUGGACGUGAGCCACAACGGGCUGACCGCCCUGGGCGCGGAGGUGGUGAGUGCUCUGAGGGAGCUGCGGAAGCUCAACCUCAGCCACAACCAGCUGCCCGCCCUGCCCGCCCAGCUGGGCGCUCUCGCCCACCUGGAGGAGCUGGACGUCAGCUUUAACCGGCUGGCGCACCUGCCCGACUCCCUCUCCUGCCUCUCCCGCCUGCGCACCCUGGACGUGGAUCACAACCAGCUCACUGCCUUCCCCCGGCAGCUGCUGCAGCUGGCGGCCUUGGAGGAGCUGGACGUGUCUAGCAACCGGCUGCGGGGCCUGCCUGAGGAUAUCAAUGCCCUGCGUGCCCUCAAGAUCCUCUGGCUGAGUGGGGCCGAGCUUGGCACGCUGCCCGCCGGCUUCUGCGAGCUGGCCAGUUUGGAGAGCCUCAUGCUGGACAACAACGGGCUGCAGGCUCUGCCUGCCCAGUUCAGUUGCCUGCAGAGGCUCAAAAUGCUCAACCUCUCUUCCAACCUCUUCGAGGAGUUCCCUGCCGCGCUGCUGCCCCUGGCUGGUCUGGAGGAGCUCUACCUUAGUCGCAACCAGCUCACCUCCGUGCCAUCCCUUAUCUCGGGCCUGGGUCGGCUUCUCACCCUGUGGCUGGAUAAUAACCGCAUCCGCUACCUGCCGGACUCCAUCGUCGAGUUGACCGGCCUGGAGGAGCUCGUGCUGCAGGGGAACCAGAUCGCGGUGCUGCCCGACAACUUUGGCCAACUCUCCCGGGUGGGCUUGUGGAAGAUCAAGGACAACCCACUGAUCCAGCCCCCCUACGAGGUCUGCAUGAAGGGGAUCCCCUACAUUGCAGCUUACCAGAAGGAGCUGGCUCAUUCCCAGCCGGCGGUGCAGCCCCGGCUCAAGCUGCUCCUGAUGGGGCAUAAGGCUGCAGGAAAGACUUUGCUGCGCCACUGCCUCACAGAGGAGAGGGUGGAGGGCUGCCCGGGAGGAGGGGACAAGGAGAAGUGCUACCCACCUUCACCCCCCCCUGUGAGCAAGGGCAUCGAGGUGACCAGCUGGACGGCCGAUGCCUCCCGGGGCCUGCGGUUCAUUGUGUAUGAUUUAGCUGGGGAUGAAAGUUACGAAGUGAUCCAGCCUUUCUUCCUGUCCCCGGGGGCCCUGUACGUGCUCGUGGUCAACUUGGCCACCUAUGAGCCUCGCCGCUUUCCCAGCACCGUGGGCUCCUUCUUGCAUCGGGUUGGGGCGAGAGUGCCCCACGCAGUGGUGUGCAUCGUGGGCACCCACGCGGACCUGUGCGGGGAGCGCGAGCUGGAGGAGAAGUGUCUGGACAUUCACCGCCAGAUCGCCCUGCAGGAGAAGCACGAUGCGGAGGGGCUGAGCCGCCUGGCCCAGGUGGUGGACGAGGCACUGACCCGGGACUUCGAGCUGCGCUCCGCCAGCCCCCACGCAGCCUACUACGGCGUUUCAGACAAGAACCUUCGACGGCGCAAGGCCCAUUUUCAAUACCUGCUCAACCACCGACUGCAGAUCCUCUCCCCGGUGCUGCCUGUUAGCUGCAGGGACCCGCGCCACUUGCAACGUCUUCGGGACAAGUUGCUCUCAGUCGCUGAGCACCGAGAAAUCUUCCCCAACUUACACCGAGUAUUGCCUCGAUCCUGGCAGGUGCUGGAGGAACUGCAUUUCCAGCCACCUCAGGCACAGCGACUGUGGCUAAGCUGGUGGGACUCAGCGCGCCUGGGCCUGCAGGCGGGUCUGACCGAGGACCGACUGCAGAGUGCCCUCUCCUACUUGCAUGAGAGCGGCAAGCUACUGUACUUUGAGGACAGUCCGGCGCUCAAGGAGCACGUCUUCCACAACCUCACCCGCCUCAUCGACAUCCUCAAUGUCUUCUUCCAGAGGGAUGCUUCCUUGCUGCUGCAUAAGCUGCUCCUGGGGACCAGUGGAGAGGGCAAGGCGGAGGGGGAAAGCUCCUCGUCCAUGGCGCUCCCCACCCCGAGCCAGGAACUGCUCCGCGCCACCCAGCUCCAUCAAUAUGUGGAGGGCUUUCUGUUGCAUGGGCUCUUGCCAGCCCAUGUUAUUCGGUUGCUGCUUAAGCCUCAUAUCCAGGCCCAGCAGGACUUGCAACUGCUGCUGGAGCUGCUGGAGAAGAUGGGACUCUGUUACUGCCUCAAUAAACCCAAGGGCAAGCCUUUGAAUGGGUCCACAGCCUGGUACAAGUUCCCAAGCUAUGUGCAGAAUGAGGUGCCCCAUGCAGAAGCCUGGAUUAACGGGACCAAUCUAGCCGGGCAGUCUUUUGUGGCUGAGCAGCUGCAGAUUGAGUAUAGCUUUCCUUUUACCUUUCCACCUGGGUUGUUUGCAAGGUACAGUGUCCAGAUAAACAGCCACGUGGUGCACAGGUCGGAUGGUAAAUUUCAGAUCUUUGCCUAUAGAGGGAAAGUUCCUGUGGUGGUGAGUUACAGACCUGCCAAGGGAGUCCUGCAGCCAGACACCCUGUCCAUUGCUAGCCAUGCAUCACUACCAAAUAUAUGGACCGCAUGGCAAGCCAUAACCCCCUUGGUAGAGGAACUGAAUGUCCUGCUUCAGGAAUGGCCUGGACUGCACUACACCGUGCACAUUCUUUGUUCUAAGUGCCUUAAGAGAGGAUCGCCCAAUCCACAUGCUUUUCCAGGGGAGUUGCUGAGUCAGCCCAGACCAGAAGGAGUGGCAGAGAUCAUUUGCCCCAAGAACGGCAGCGAGCGAGUGAAUGUUGCCUUGGUUUACCCACCCACACCGACUGUGAUCAGCCCCUGUUCCAAGAAGAAUGUUGGUGAAAAGCACAGAAACCAGUGACUUUUGUGGCUGUGGAAUUUCCAUGGAGAAAAGAGAGCAUUCAAACACCUGGACCACUUUUUUCGCCUGACAUAUCCUCUGCACUGCCCCCCACCCCCAGCAUGUUCUGUGAACUUGAGUGACAAAGCGUGCUUGCAGGGGGCUUUUCAAAAGACUGGGGAAGAGGGGUGGAGAGGGGUGGUGGGGAAGCAUGGGCAAAAACAUGGAGCAAAUGUUUUACAACCUGAACCUCAGAACUGUGAUCCUCCAAGGAACGAGCUACUUGAAGAAAAAAAAAAAAAAAAAAAAAAGUCGAAUGGCUUCUCAGGGAUUUUGUUUUCCGUGCACAUAUAAGCCAUAGUUACAGUACAGGUGGCAGUAUUUAGAGCACUCAGAUUUCAGUUCUGUUAAAUGUGAAAGAGGGAUCGACUGACGUUCAUUGCUGUUCCGUAACUAGUGUAAAAUAUGUAUAUGUUUAUCUUUAUUUUUAUAAUAUGCAAAUACAUUUAAAUUUAUACAGUUUGAAGCUUCUAGCGUUAGUUCACACUGGGUGCAAUAUUCUGCAUGAGAACUGUGCCAAGAUGGGGCUUUCUUAUUUUAGUAUAAGAUGUUUUUGUUUUAUCUUUAUUCUUUAAUCCUCCUCAGAUUAAAAAAAAACCUCUGUUAGCCCAUGGAUUAAAUAUUGGUUCAUAGAGAUUGCCAGUGAUCAGAAAGAACCUUAAAUGUGCAUUUUAGACCGUGUCCCUUCCCUUCUUUUCGAUAAAGGUCCCUGCCGAUGUAAAUCAUCGGGCAUGCUGGUGGGAAAUCCUUUGUUUUCCACACGUGUUAUUAGUGCCAGGCAGAGAUGGGGCACACUUAGGGGCCAAAGAGGACAAAAAGUCCAUGCAAAACUUGAGUCUGUUAAUGGCUUAAGAUAACCAGGAGUCAGUUCUGAAUCUUACAAAGUGCCCUGCCUAAUAAGGACCUCAUUUGGCCGAGCACUUGGCAAACAUAUUAGUUAUUAGCAGAGCUCUUUGCAGACCUUCCACAUCUGGCUGUCAGACCUUAAAGUAGAGAAUUUAGGCUCCAGUUAUGCUCAUUGGAGAGCAUAAUCCCACAUGGGUUAUUUAUAAAUGCAGAGCCUCUGAUUGGAUGGUCUCCUGCCAAGAACUAGUAACUCUUUUGUAAAAAAAUCUUCACGAGGCAAAACUUAAAAAGCAAACCAAACAAAUUGCUCUCCAUUUUACUUUUUACUGGGGCCAAACAGCAUAUGCUACAGUAGUAACACGUUUUGUGGAGAAUGUAAAGAGCACUGUUUACAUUUACCUCCUCUGUGUGUUGAUUGAAAAUGUGUAAAACUGACUGCUUCUCGCCAGUGUCAGGCAAGAAGAGUGAGUUGCUGGUACUCACUACUCUCACUUCUUUUGUAAAGUAUUAACUCUUAGAAGGCCACAGUAUACAAAGUCUCAACAUGUUUUUUAAAAGAAAUAACGAGCAAGUGGCUGCCCUGCUAGAAAUCACAAACUGAUUUUUGUAGAAUAUUUUGUGGCCCAGGAGUUAAUGUCACUGACUCCAGAACCUGCGGUUCAGAGAAUGAUUUCUUAGGAUCAUAAAAAUAAAUGGGAUCAGACUAUUUUUGCAUUUUUUUAGUACUUGAAUAGGACUCCUCCAGUUUGACAUUUCAUUUUCUUUAAGAACACAAUCACAAGAUUAAUCAGAUUAGUCCUUUUGUCACAGUUCUCCUGUGCGUGUGCGCGUCUGUGUGUGCGUGUGUGUAAAACUGGAAUGGUAACAUUUAAUUGCUUUUUGGACCAUUGAACAGUUGGGCAGUAAGAAUUUUUUAAUUGGCAUGAGACAGUUCCUCAACUGUCAAAUUAACCAACUUUGACCAGUAUUUAAAAAAAGGCUUAUUUGUAUGAUGUUGGGGCUAACUCCCCGGGGACCAUAUUAAAUGACAAAAAUGCUCAUUUGGGUGACACACCCUGCAAAGUAUUUGCUGUUAUGAACAUAAACACCCACAUUCUUAAUAUCUGAUAUUUUUAACAAGUGAUGUUUUGUGCUGUCAUCUGAACCCUAGAGAAGCAGUGUCAGAGGAAACCGUGGUGUCACAUGUGUCUUAACAGAAGGCUUACCGUGAUAGAGGAUCAUGUGACCAAAAGAUGCUCCAGAGAAGCUUCAGAAUUUGCUUCAGGGUGGGAGGAGGGUUGGAGAUACAGAAAUCACUCUGCUCUACAGGAAUCUUCGGCUGUCUAUGCAAGAAAUUCCGUUUUCUCUUUCAACACCUGGAAAGACACAGCGGCCACCGAGGUGGACAGGCGAUUCAGUAAGCACAAGAGGGACAUUUUCCAAGCAAGGUGUCCCCUGCCUCUCAAACAAAUGCCCUCCAAGUUUGUUAGGGUUUCUAUUCCUGCAACUUGUGGUAUCAAAACCACUUCCUGGAAUUGUCCAUGCACUGCCAAAAUAAAUGUUUUCCCCCCUUCUAAGAAAAAAAAAAUUACAGUGUUCAUAUUUGACACUUGUGUAUUGGACUCUUUUGAAUGAAUAAAAAGGGUUUGGUGUAAUUCCUGAUGGGGUGUGUGUUGUUUUUCAUGCCAUGGUUUGUGAAUUGUAAUUGUGGUUUCCCAUUUCGUUGUUGUAACUGGGCAAAAACUUAAAAAAACAAAAAACAAAUAAAAAUACCAAGAAAUGGUUAAGCAA